CGCACCGCUCAUCAAACUCUUGAAGCGCAAACACUCGCUUCCAAAACAAAAUUUUCAAGAGAUGCAAGCAAAUACGAACAACUCCACUUCUAGACCUGACGCGACGACGCAUCAGACCGUAGCCCUUUCAUCCGAAAAGGAAUUGGACAGGCUUACACAGCUCAACUUUGAAGAGCUCAAAGAGGAAGAGGAAGAUGAUGGUGAGUCACUCCCCACUAUCGCAGCAUCUCCCACACCACUGCAUGACGGCGAGGGGGCCGCAUGUGUCAUGCGCGACGACGACACCAGACUCACUCUUGCGCUGUCCCCUUCCGCGCACUCGCGCUUCGAUUAGCAUACAAGCUGCUAGAGCUUUCGUCCGCAGAUGCUUGGAGCAUGGGCAAUGCGCUCCGAUCUUCCGCACUAGCCCUGCUCUCGCGUAGACGAGAUGUGACCAAGCCUGGCUUGGUCUUUCGCAUUCAAUUGCUCUCCGGCUUGGUCCUCUUUCAGAUCAGUCUGGGCGCAGAAUCAAGUUUGAGAUUGAUGGAGAUGGUGGAGAAAAAGAUCAAUGUCGUGCGCACCUACUCCCACUCUUCCCUCGCCAUCGGUCGCAAGUUGCUUCAACAAGGACGCAGCAUCGACUCUUUGGGUCCAGAAUACGCAGCGCACGGAGGCGCUUUUCCCAUUCGUGUAGCAGGUCUGGAAGCGCCCGUAGCGGUGGUGGCGGUAUCGGGUUUGGAUCAAGAGACGGAUCACGCCUUGGCUAGAGAGGCUGUUCGGGAGAUUGCGGAGAGGCAAAAGGCUGCUAGAGCCGCAAAGGCAAGGGAGGAGAUGGAUCUGAGCAAGAAGCAAGUCUGAAUCCGGGGUGAAUGAUUUCCCUUACAGAGUGAGAGAGAGAGAGAGAACAAAAGAAAAAAAACGUCGUCCCCCACCUUCCCUAGGCUUUUGCUCGUCUCUUUCCCCAUCGUAGCCAGCUUCGGCGCCUCGCCUCGCCUCGCCUCGCCUC